GUUCCCCGGAGUUUAAACUUGUUUGAGUGCAGUCCAGUCAGUCAGUGGUUGUGCGCGUCAGAGUCGGGUGUAGGAAUAUUUCGAGGCGCCGACCAAGAUUCUUCCUUACGAGUCUUGAGGUUUGAUUAUACUGGAGGCUGACCAUGACCCUAGUCGCAGGAAGGAUGCCAGGGAUCCAUCCCCUGGAGAGGAACCACUACAGGGAGGAAUCAGGAAUGCCCGGAAUCCUCAAGACUGGAACCACCCAAAGGCCUAGUCGAGAAAUGAAUUCCUACAUCAAACAAUCAGAAAACCAAAGAAAUGAGGAUGGAAAGCGCUUAGUCAGAUUUUGUGAGGAUGACGAUAGUGAAGAAAAUGAUAGAGAAUCUUUGAUGGAGGAUGAAACUCAAGAUGUAAUCAUGUUUGGUAGUAACAUGUACUUUAUAAACAAAUCAGAUCCUAAUUCUGCAGUGAGAAAAUUAUUUCCUAACUCAAAGCUUACACCUAUCAAUCCAUUUAUUAACAGAGGCAGUAAUCGGGAAAACAGUAAUGGUAAUCACUACCCAAAUAAGAUGUCAGAAAGUACUCGUAAUUUAUUAAACCGCACCAAGUCAAGUGACUGUGAGAAUAGAAAUAAAAUAAACAUAACAAGGAGAAAAGUUGCUGAACAGCCUAUUUCAAGAAGAAACAUUCCUAAAAUUGCUGCAGAACAUAAGUCAAAACAAGGUAAAACAGCUAAUUCUUCUACACCUCUAAUAGAAAGAAUCAAACAACUAACAUGUGAAAGUGAAGAAACACAGGUUAACAAAAAUGUCGAUGUAAAGCAGAAUAGGCCUGGUCAGCCAGUGUGGAAAAAUACAUCCAAAUCUCCAAUGAACCAGGACUACAAUCUUGGACAGCCCCAGAAAGCAAAGGAUUUGCCAAAACAAGCAAAAGAAGGUCUGAACUUGAUGCGAUAUAAUCAAUGCAUAUCCCAUACAAGAUCAAAUGAGACCUCCAGCAAUAAAUAUAGUCCUACCAAAACUAGUCCAACGGAUGAAGCAAGACGUUCAUUUUUGUCAAGCCUGUCACAAAACCUUGAAGAAAAAUCAGAGAAAAGAAAUUCCAUUGCCAGCAACAGCACUGCAGGAGACACAGUCUAUAGCUUGUCCGACAUAGAAGAGGCUCUGACUGACGAGGAGAAAGAGAUCAAGGAUGCAUUCGCUCAUGAAAACCGACAAGAUGAAUUAGAAUUAUUUGUCCAACAAGAUGCUGGAAGAACCGAACGACUAAGAAAACGCUACAGUUCCACACCAAAACUAGAAAGUCGUGUAUCAACUGGUUUCAACAACUCAGGUGCUUACAAAACUAGUUCAUCCACAAACUUAACUAACUAUCCCAAUGAAUACAAUACCUUGCAAAAAGAAAAGCCAAAAUUUGGUUCAACAAUCGAAAUUCUCCAACAGCUACAGCAACAGAUUGAGACUCCUUAUCAAUUGGAAGGAAGAAGAACAGCUUGCUCCAAUUAUUCAGACAGCUCUAUUCCGAUAUCUGAAAGGCUUUUUUGUGAUGAAUCUUCAGACGGGUACGAACCAGUUCUACCCAAGCUCAAUGUACACAGAACUUGUUCUUUGGAUUCUAAGAACUAUGAAGAAAUAGAUAAUUUUCCCUCAGCAUUCUCAGUCCCCAGAACCAAAUCUCACGAACAUCCCCAUUUGAGUCAGAGAGAAUCUGAUAUUUACUUUCACCCCUCGCUCAAUCGGUAUCCUGGAAAUCACCAGGGAAGGAGUCAGAUGCUGCAGAACGUGUACGUAAGUUCUCCAGAUCUCCAUGGAUAUCACCAGCCAGUUUUUCCUGACAGAGUUUCUUCUUAUAACAGUCAUCCCUCUAGACCUAGACAACUUCACCCAGUACUUCAGAGGCAAUAUUGUAGAUAUCCGGUGAAUGAAGUUCAACCAACCCCAGCAGACGAGGGGAAGAUUCUCACCCCUCCCAUCAGAAUGCACACUUACAUGAACAUCCCAGUCAACUCGCCAUCUUACCCACCCCCUCCUCCAUACUCCAAAGCAAACCCUUAUAUAUCUCCUUGCCACCACGAUGUCUACCAAUAUCAACCUCCACAUGUUCAUCCCAACAUUUACCAGAACGUUCCCAUGCCGACUAGCCCCAGCAUGAUGACCAUCAGUAGACUUUGUACGGAGAGAGAACGAGGAGUGCCCGAAGGUGCGAGUUCCACUCAUGAUUCUGAUGAACAUUUCCCUCAAAAUGAUUAUUAUUACAAAGCCAACAUGACAACUAUACCUAAGCCCUCUAGUGUACCUUACCAUUACUGUGUUGAUGUCUAACCAAAGAUUAAUGUAUGUUCAAACUGUAAAUAUAACAUGUAUCCCUUUUAUACUUAGGUAUUAAUAGUGUACCUAAUUGAUGUAUUCCAUAAUUACUACUGAAAAUCAUCGUUUAAGUACAGAUU